CCAAUGAAAUAAACUCAUCUAUAUCUUAGAUGGCCAGAAGGUGAGUAAAUUUUCCUCUUUGGAGAAACUAUUCCUUUAAAGAGAAAAAAAAUGACACACUUCACCUUCAAGCAAUGUGAAAUAGUUAUUAUGGAUCAGUUUCUGUGACAGUUAUAAAUUUGAAACCUUUUGGCUGUUUACAACUCCCUUUGUGUGCAACAGGUGUGUCACAUUACAGUCAUUUUACUGUCUGUUGAGUCACUGAAUGUUGGACGAACAUUCCUGCAAUGCAUCUGCCCAUCAGUGGCUGUGGCACUAUGUGGGACUUCACAGUCGGGACGUUGGUGCUGUCUACUGUCUUUGUAGUGUCUCUGGCACAAGGACCCAUCUGGGACAGCUCACAUCUUCGGAGGUUAAACAAAACAGACAGGAACAGAAAGCUGGCUUACAACAGCCUCGUGGAGCCAAAGACCACAGGCAUAACCGAAUGGACAUCCUGGUUUAAUAUCGACCAUCCAGGAGGAAACGGUGACUACGAGAGGUUAGAAGCCAUCCGCUUCUACUACCGAGAAAGGGUCUGCUCACGACCUGUAGCCAUCGAGGCCCGUACCACGGACUGGGUUGCAGCUGUGGAUACGGGGGAGGUGGUCCAUUCCAGUCUGGAGAAGGGCUUCUGGUGUAUCAAUAAGGAGCAGCCAUUUGGUCGCAGCUGUUCCAACUACCAUGUGCGAUUCCAGUGUCCACCAGUCCACUCGUACUGGACCGACUGGAGUGAAUGGGCGCCUUGCUCUGCCACUGCCUGUAACGAUGUUGGCAUCCAAGUCCGUCAGAGGAAAUGCAUGAGCACGCAGCCUCUUCCACUGCUUCUUUCGCCUGUCUGCGUGGGACCUCACAUUGAACGCAGACAGUGUUCAACUCCACCAUGCGAAGCUGUGUGGAGCCAGUGGGGUUUAUGGAGUGCUUGCUCAGUGACCUGUGGGAAGGGCAACAGAACAAGACGUAGGACAUGUCACAGAUCUUCUACUAAGAUUCAGUGUACAGGACGACCUGUGGAGGUCCAAAAGUGUGGAAAUCCAUGUCCAGUAAUAUGCAAACGUGUCUGUCCUGGGGGACGUCCCAGUAAGGACUGUAGCUACUGUAUCUGUGAUGGACAAACACUACAUGGGGAGGUCUUCAGUGUUACAGGUGUCCCUGUGCCAAAUGCCACAGUGGCUCUGGCUAGCCAAGCCAAGGUUGUCCGUGCCCACACUGAUGCCAAGGGUCAGUUCAAGAUUGAUGAACUGUGCACCAGCCCACAGACCCGAGUGGUCAUAAGAAAGGAUAAAUUUGCACCCGUUACACUCCCUGUUUUCAACAACAGCACUGAUGAACUCUGGGUACGGGCCAUCUUACGAUCCUCAGAAAAGCCGUAUAUUGAGAAGCACCCAGAAGACAAAGUGCGUUAUGAGGGACAACGUGCAACCCUUUGCUGUAGAGCAACAGGAUCACCAAAACCUGACAAAUAUUACUGGUAUCACAAUGGAACCUUACUGAAUCGCACAAUGUACAAGUAUGAUGAAGAUCUGAUAUUGCGGGACCUGAAACCAGAGCAGUCAGGGCAAUAUCACUGCAAAGCAACUAGUCUGACAGGCAGCAUAAAGUCUACUUCAGCUGUCCUCACUGUUUUCGCUAAAGGAACACCAGCAUGCAACUCAACACCUGACACUCACCUGAUCAAAUUGCCAUUAGACUGCAAGCAGCCUGGAACAGAAUCCAAGUUUUACAAUGCAGGUCGCUGUCCACACAACAAAUGCCCUGGAUCACUGGACUUUGACAUGCGUUGCAGGGAUGGAUCUGGCUUCUGCUGUGGGGUCAAACAAAUGGAUGCUAGAAAGAUCAAGUGUGGCCGUUACACCCUGCCUAUCAAGGUUGUUAGUGAGUGUGGCUGCCAGACUUGUGUGGAGCCCAAAAUUCUUGUACGGGGCAGGGUGGUGUCAGCAGACAAUGAUGAACCCCUGCGCUUUGGACAUAUUUACAUAGGGAAGGAACGGAUAGGUACCACAGGAUAUCAGGGUGGGUUCACAAUCCAGGUGUCUCCAGAUACACAGCGUCUUGUGGUAAACUUUGUUGACCCCUCUCAGAAGUUCAUUGAUACAAUCAAGGUUUUUAUCUUUGACAAGAGAGGAGGUUCUGUCUAUCAUGAUGUAAAAGUAAUGAGGAAGCAGGAACCUGUUGAUAUAGACGCUGCAGAAAGCAAUACCAUUUACCUAGGUGAAAUGAAAGAUGAGGACCCAAUCGGUCAACUGGUCAUACCUCCAAACUCUUUCCAUAAAAACACAGGGGAAGUGUAUGAAGGGACUGUUAAGGCCAGCGUCACGUUUCUUGACCCACGCAACAUUACUAUGGCUGCUGCCGCUCCUGGCGAUCUCAACUUUGUAGACAAUGAAGGAGACAUGCUACCUCUCAGGACAUAUGGAAUGUUUUCAGUAGAUUUCCGAGAUGGAGCAAACCAGGAGGUUCUAGGAGCCGGCGCAGUCCAGGUACUCCUUGAUACGGAGCAUGUAAAAAUGCAGGAGCACAUCCCUGCUAUGAAACUCUGGUCCCUCAAUCCCGAUACAGGCAUUUGGGAGGAGGAGAGUAACUUUCAACCCACACAAACUACUAUUGCUGGCAGUGGGAGGAACAAACGAGAGGAGCGCACCUUCCUGAUAGGGAAUAUGGAAAUCAGGGAGCGUAGGUUGUUCAAUCUCGAUGUACCUGAGAAUCGCCGGUGCUAUGUCAAAGUGAGGGCGUACAUGAGCGACAAGUUCCUGCCUAACGAGCAACUAGAAGGAGUGGUAAUAAACUUGAUAAACCUUGAGCCUAAGCCUGGCUACUCGUCAAAUCCGAGGGCUUGGGGACGCUUUGAUAGUGUGAUAACAGGACCAAAUGGUGCUUGUCUUCCAGCUUUCUGUGAUGCUCAGAGGCCUGAUGCAUACACGGCUUAUGUCACGGCUAUAAUGGGAGGUGAGGAACUGGAAGCAGCUCCCUCAAUGCCAAAAAUGAACCCAAACAUUAUUGGUGUCGCACAGCCGUACUUAGGAAAGUUAGAUUACCAGCGCUCCGAUCAUGAGGAUCCAGCACUUAAGAAAACAGCUUUCCGAAUCAACCUAGCCAAACCAAACCCUAACAAUUUUGAUGAAACGAAUGGACCAGUCUAUCCUUAUCAGAGUUUAGUUGCAUGUGAAAACGCACCUGUUGAUGCCAACCACUUUCGUUUCUUCCGUGUCGAGAAAGAUAAAUAUGAGUACAAUGUGGUACCCUUUGAGGAGAGUGACCUCACAUCUUGGACUGGAGACUAUCUUUCCUGGUGGCCAAAUCCACAAGAGUUCAGGGCUUGCUACAUCAAAAUUAAGAUUCAUGGAGCUACAGAAAUCAUGGUAAGGUCAAGAAACCUAGGUGGCACUCAUCCUCAGACAAGAGGUCAGUUGUAUGGCAUUAGAGACAUUCGUAGUACCCGCGACUUACACCAUCCUAAUACCUCUGCUGCUUGUCUUGAGUUCAAGUGCAGCGGGAUGCUCUUUGAUCAAGGUAUUGUAGACAGGUCACUAAUUUCUAUCAUCCCACAAGGUAACUGCCGUCGUGUAGGCAUCAAUGGUCUCCUGCAAGAGUAUCUGAUAAAACAUCCUCCUGUUGUUCAGAACAAUGAAUCCCAUGCAUUCAAUAUGUUAGCUCCUGUUGAUCCACUUGGACACAAUUAUGGAAUAUACACCGUCACCGACCAGAACCCACGGGUUGCCAAAGAGAUUGCCAUUGGCCGCUGCUUUGAUGGAACUUCAGAUGGUUUUUCCAGGGAGAUGAAGUCAGAUUCUGGAGUGGCACUGACGUUCAGCUGCCCUAAAAGAACUGUGAGUCGUGAGAGCUUAUUCCAGCGCUUGCAAACAAAUCCUGGCCUAACACUAACACAGAUGGCACGGGGGAUGAGGGAGUCCCAGGGACUGCAAGUCAGAGGAGGGUCAACCCAAAUGGUAGCCUACCCUUUUGGCCAACAGGGAAGGAGCCAGAACCGCAGUGCCACUAACACUAACAGAAGGAGACCAGCUACAAGGACACAACCAAGACAGUAGAUCUUUCUUCAGGUCUUUUGGGUUGAAGAGAGUGAAGAAAAAAGACUCAAAAAACCUGCUAUGGAAAACCCAAACUUGGCCAGCCGGGUGAUAUUGGAUGCUCUAUCCUAACGGAGCAAAAUCCUCACCUGAUUUAUCCGAACACAUUUAAACUCUUUCUACUUGUGUAUGGAAAGCUGUCCUCUCAUACUUCCUCAAAGUUUACUUCAUUGUUUAAGACAUUUAUUUUUAGUGAUUAGGCCAAAUACUCUACAGGACCCAUACAGACUGAUGUCAUUUAUUUAUUUCCAAUGUUAAAACUUGCUUAUGUGGAGUGUCCUACUUUUAGAUCUGUAAUUAUUCACUCAUUUUCUCUAAUUGAUCAGUGUCUUCCAUUGAUGAUAGGCUAAAUAGGUGAGACAAGUCUGUAUGGGUUGAGGUCAAGUGUGUUAGCUGCUAAUCCUUUCAUCAAUCACAUAUUCUACUCUGUUGGAUGUAAUGAACAAGACCCGAAGCAGCAAAGAUGCUCGUUCUGUCUCAUCUCCUUUUCAGUGUCACCAUUCCAGUUGUGAUUUGGCCAACUAUUGGUCUGACCAAAGCAUGACUGACCCCUGCCAAGAAUAGCAUCCCUUAACAGAAUGGAUCGCCAAGGUAGACUAAACAAACCUGUGGUGAGACAAAGAAUAAUAUAAGGGCCCUAACUUCAAACGCAAAUUAAUGUUUCAUUUUUUUUUAUUCUUCAUUCUUUUGACCAAAUGGCUGGCCUAAUCAAAAUUUCUUUUGAUAUGAAAUCCAACUAAUACAGUAUCUCAGUGUAUGAUGUCUAGAGUAAACUCUUGUAUUUUGUUUCUUGUUUCUGUUUGUCUCCUAAAGUGCAAUAUUGUGUUCCAAUAAUGACUUGAGAGUCCUGACAAAAACGGCCUAUGUUAUGAGCCAAUCAGCCAUAGGUCUGUUAAAAUGUUGGGCUAUUCCCUUAGUAACUGCAUAUCUGAAUUUCAAAUUACAUAGCACCUUUUUUUUAAAACCUAAUCCUAAUGAAUUUGAGCUUGCUAAUCCGAUUCAACCUUCUCUCAUAUAGCCAGCUGACAAUGCAACAUAAAUGCAGUUGCAGUAUUUUAACUCCACCCUAAAGUAACAAAAAUCCAAUUCUGUGAUUUCAACAAUUAAUGGACCAUAAAAAACCACAUGGACCUGCAUAAGCUGGACAUUUGUAUCUUGUGAGGUAUAUUUUGUAGGUAGCAUUGCAAAAAGGAUUUCAUUAUGGUAAUUCUGAUUUCAUUUGUCUAAUCCCUUAUGCUUUCAGUAUUCUGUAUUGGUUGAAAGCAGAAAGUUAAUUGAGUUGAGGGAUUACAGUGCAUGCUUUAAUAGAUAAUGUUGCAAAAGUUUAUUUUGUCUGUGUAUCCAAAGAUGUACAGCUGGCCCAAUACAAUUAGAUUAUAAGCAAUAUUAAAAUAAUAUUCUGAAAUCAAAUCUUCAAAGAAACAAAAAUAUACCUAAAAAAAAUGUUGAUUCAUUGGAAAAAUCAGUCUGAAUAAAAGUAAGAUGAACAGAAUAGUCUUCUGGAAGUAAUCCAAUAGAGAAACAUUGGCACAUUUUUUGAUUAAACACAAAGUUGCUGAGUCUCAUAACAGACCAACUGUGAUCAGUCAUUAGAAUCUGAGAUUUUUCAACAACAUUGCAAUAUUUAAAAAGUAUGUUAAAAUGUGUCAUUAACAGGAAGAUUUUUACAGUCAUGGCCGACUAAUGAAGAAAAAAAUAUGUAAUUUUAAAACACAUUGCGUUUAGGCCAAGUUCACACUUAAAACGAAUGAAAAUCAUUUUUUUCUAUCCCAGACAGUCUCACCUGUAAGUGAUGUUGAGUCGAACAUUUGUAACUUGAAUAAAUUUAACCUUUUGUAAUUUUGUAAUAUAUCCAGUUAAAGUAACCUUUGUUCUUUUACAUGUAGCAUAUUCAGCUAUACUGUACAUUUCAGUUUCAGAGGAAAGAUGGAGUUGGAUAUUGGAUGAAUAUGGUGCUAAAAAAAUUGUUGGCCUCCAGUUAGCUUUCAAAAGUGUUUGUCCUCUCUUCAACUGUCUGGCUGGUCUCAGGGAGACUACAACUUUUCCAGGAAUAUCCUCUGGCAAAAUGUGCAUUGAUAACUCUACCACUACACAACAAAGUGAGUUGAAUAGUUGACUUUGCGCUCUCGGAAAUCUCUUUUCAUGCUUGCUACACACGUUACAUACAACACAUCCUGAAAAUCUAUGCAAAUCAUAUUAUACUGCAUGAAAUUUCCCAUCUUGCAAUCUCAAAAGCCAGUUUUAUGUGUAAAUUGUGGAUUACAAUGUCUGUCAGUUUUACCAGAAUGUAAAUAAAGAUCUCUUGUAAACAUG